AUGGCCGAAGGAGGGCCGGGCAGAGACCCCGCCAAGUCCACCGAGCAGGAGGACCGGACUCGACCUCAGAUCCAGUCCGGUUCGGGCUUCUGCAAGUGGUUCAACGUUCGGAUGGGCUUCGGAUUUAUCUCAAUGACCAGCAGCGAGGGGAGCCCCGUCGAGCCGCCUCUGGAUGUUUUCGUCCACCAAAGCAAACUGGUGAUGGAGGGCUUCCGCAGCUUAAAGGAAGGAGAGCAGGUGGAGUUCACCUACAAGAAGUCCUCUAAAGGCCUGGAGUCCCUGAGGGUGACCGGGCCUGGCGGGGGACCUUGUGCAGGCAGCGAGCGGAGACCAAAAGGGAAGGUCCUGCUCCAAAAGCGCAAACCAAAAGGAGACCGCUGUUAUAACUGUGGAGGUCUGGACCACCAUGCCAAGGAAUGUGGCCUGCCACCGCAGCCAAAGAAAUGCCACUACUGCCAGAGCAUCACGCACAUGGUGGCUCAGUGUCCCCACAAGACGCUGUCGCCCACCGCCGGCUCUCAGGAACACGCCUCCAGCCCGGGGGCGGGACCCUACCUCUACCCUCCAGAGGAGGAGGAGCAGCGCUCCGGCUCCUCUCCUCUGGAGGGCUCCUCCUCCUCCCCUGAAGAGCCUCACAGUCACCACGGCCCUCGGUCCCGGAGGUGGAGGAAAUCCUAA